GACCAAACGAAGCCGCGUUAUGAUGACUGUCUGCGUGCACAGCUGUAGCCCAGUCACAUUUUCUCCAUCCAGUUGAAUUCUCCGAGCAGAGCUGCGUGAAAGCGAACCUUUGGCACAACAGCAGUCACAAUCUCCCUCUCAGAGCGUUCUCGCUGGCGCGUACUUUGCACCGAGACAUUCCUCCGAGGCUUCUCCUUUCUUUCCUCUGGAGACUGAAACUUAAAGGACUUUCCCGUCGCAGGGCAGAGAACAGGGGGACGCACGGAUAGUGUCAGUGCGGUAAAUGUAGCAGCGGGCUGUGUGUCUUACUGAGCGGUGCUGUUGGACUAGCCGAGAACGCACCACGGACUAGCCGAGAACGCACCGCGUCCCGUCCCACAUCCUCCUUUUUAAUUCCCCACUCCCCGUCCCUCCAAAGGGUGUCCCGAACAAGACCACCAUGAUUCUGAACGGAUUUGCGCUCGUUCUUUACAUCUCAGGUGUGUUGCCAUCCUCAGCAUCCAUCUUUAACUUCCCUGCCCCCACCAUUGACUGUGUUGAAGCUCAUCGUGUGUGCUCCGUUGAACCCACGUGCGAGGCAUUGUAUCGAGGCUUGGAGCUAUGUGCAGAAGAUGCAGCGGUGUCCCCGCAGGCAGAACAGUUGGCAUCUGAGUGCAUGGAGAGACGGGAUGCCCUGCUAGCCAAACACCCCUCUCUACUGACCUGCAAAUGUCAGCGUGGUUUCCGUAAGGAGGAGCUGUGUCUGCGCAUAUACUGGAGGGUUCGCCUGCUGCCAGGGGAGGAGGAGCUGGAAAUAUCUCCAUAUGACGACAUGCUUGUGGAUACACACAUGGCUUCGUUAGUGGCAGCCUCAUCUUUCAUGCAACUGGGUGGUGAGAACCAGUGCUUGAAGGCAGCACAAGACUGUGGCUUGUACGAAAAGUGUGGUAACCUACGAUCAGAAUAUGUGCUAGCCUGCACAAAGCCGAUGCCUGGUACCAACAGAUGUAACCAACACAAAUGCCACCGAUCAUUACGUCGCUUUCUGGAGCGGGUGCCAGAAGAGUACAGCCUGGGUGUCCUAUUCUGCCGCUGCACUGAUACCCUGUGUGGUGAGAGGAGAAGGAAAACCAUUGUACCCUCCUGCUCCUACCACGACAAAGAAGGUCUGCAACUGAACUGCCUCCAUCAGCAAAGCUUCUGUCGCCGAGACGACCUUUGCAGGUCCAGACUGGCUGAUUUCCUCAAUAACUGCCAACCAUCUCAUCUGACAGCCAGCGGCUGCCUGAAAGAUUCAGCAGGCCUCUGUCUCCGAGCCUAUGCCGGACUCAUAGGUACCAUCAUGACGCCCAACUACAUCAGUAACAGCUCUGCAGAUGUGUCGCUGUGGUGCAACUGUGAAGGCAGUGGCAACCAGUGGCAGGAAUGUCUGAAACUGCAACGCAUCUUCACCCACAACAGCUGCCUGCGUAACUCCAUCAGCUGGAUGGGGAGCCUCGGCUUGCUGCCUGCAGACAUCACCCAACCUCCAGCGCCUAGACCCUCCCCGCUGGUUCAGAAGGAUGAACUGCUGAAGAAUAACCACCUGCCUGAGCACAACAACAUUGUGUUGGACAGUAAGGAAGAGGAGGAAUUGACACAAACAGAAGAUGAGCAGGAGGGUGCAGAUGGUGGCCAGUUUGAUGUCAUCCCGCUCUACUCAGAGAGGGCUACUGUCUCCAACCUGGGCUCUUCUGGGACUGGGGGGUCCACAUCUCUGACCACUGGCCCCGCUAAAGCCAUGCUACUCCUGCUUCUUCUCCUGUCAUUUUCCCUCAGCUGGCUGUAAAACACAGGAUGGAAAGAAAUUACAUACACACAACUAUUUUAGAUUCAUUGCUGUAAAAUUAUAAUUCCAAAAUUGAAAAACUGACUUUGCCAUUUGUCUGUAGAAUCCCUCGAUCCCCAUGCUCUGCCCUCUAACCUAAACAUGGCUCUUUUUUCUUUUUCAAUGUGACUGAAGGUAAAAGGUCUGAUGAGCACAGAAAUCCUAGUUGUGGUCGGGUGUUCAUAUACUGCAAUUAUUAAUAAGCAUAAUAAAGCUGUUCAUAUCACC